AUGUACAUUCUAAAUGAGUUGAAUAGUGACUCACGUCCAGGAAUCAGAUCUCAGGAGCAUUGUGUCAUUGUGUUGGGAGGAAAGACAACGUAUCUCACCAGUGAUGCUUCACAGCACCGUUCCAUGCUAGAGUCUGCCUUCAGGCAUGUUUGUCCUGUUACUGGUUAUAACUCUAAACUCCCUACUGGUAAUGUAAAAAGCUGCAGUGAAAUAAAGGAGCUGUACAGAGAUGCACCAGCCUGGUCAGGCUUCUUCUGGACCAAAGCAGGCAGUGUUCUGGAAGCUUUUGUUGCUGGAACACAACUGGAAAUUCUGCACAUUCAUAUGGACUCUUGUUUAUCUAAAGAAGUCAAGCUCAUGUUUAUUGACAGUUUGUAUGAUUAUUUCCAGAUCUAUGGCAAUGGUAUCUACACCCUUGUCUCAAAAUAUGGGACUGCGUACCAGGCCUACUGUGAUAUGACCAGCAAUGGAGGAGGGUGGACAUUAGUAGCAAGUAUCCAUGAGAACAACAUGUAUGGAAAAUGCACCUAUGGUGACCGCUGGUCAAGCACACAAGGCAGCAAUCCUAAUCUACCAGAAGGAGAUGGAAACUGGAGAAAUUAUAAUAUUUUUGGAACUACAGAAGGGGCAACUAGUGAUGACUACAAGAAUCCUGGGUACUAUAGUGUGAACGCCACAAACAUUGCUGUCUGGCAUGUUCCUAAUACAACGCCACUGGAGAUGUGGAAAUCCAAAGCCAUCCUGAGAUAUCACACAGGGAAUAACUUCCUAACUCCUUUAGGAGGCAACCUAUAUAAUCUCUUUAAUAGGUAUCCUGUGAAAUACAAUGGAGGGAGCUGUCUAACCAAUAAUGGACCUGCUGUUCCAAUUAUUUAUGACACGGGAAAUGCUGCAACCACUGCUAACCUUUACUCUCCCAAUGGGCGAACUGAGUUUGUGGCAGGAUAUGUCCAGUUUAGCGUAUUCAACCAUGAAAGAGCAGCAAUGGCCAUGUGUUCAGGAGUGAAAGUCACCGGCUGUAACACAGAGCAUCAUUGUAUUGGAGGGGGUGGUCACUUCCCGGAAGCUAGUCCCAAACAGUGUGGAGACUUUGCUAGUUUCGACUGGGAUGGGUAUGGAACCGCACGUGGUUGGAGCUCUUCCAAGGAUAUAACUGAGUCAUCAGUGCUUAUUCUCUACAAAUAGAAAUGUCAGUGUAUUGAACAUUGGCUUCUUAGCUUUUAUUUUCUGUUGCUUAUAAAAUGUUCAAGAAAAAGUCCUUUGAUACAGAAAUUACUAGUGGACACAAAUUCAACAUGUUUUCUAUUUUUGUGCUAUUUUUUUUCUUUUUUGCUCUUGCUUUAGUGUACCUAAAGCAUUCCAUGCCUCCUAAUUGCCAAACUAAUGUUAUUGUCUUUGA